GUUUCUUGGUUAUUGUUGCUGGGGGUGGCUGUUGUUGGGCUGCCAGUAGGGGUUUCUCUUUCUCCUUUUUUCCCUUUUUCCCGUCUCCUCCGGAUGCUCUCGUCGAUCGAAGCAGAUGGACUCACCGAAGCUGCCUUUGUGAUCGUUCCGUUUGAGUGCAGGAUUUCCCAUCGAGCCGAGAUCCCUUUAGAAUCAGCCUGGCGAUAGAAUCUACUCGUCGUCGGCCUGUCCUUUUGGUGAAGAAGAAGAUUGUGUGUCGGUGAGAAUAACGUGGGAGAAUACUACCUAGGUCAAAAUGGGGGAUUCGAACGGAUCAACCAAGUCGCUUCCUAAUGGGACGAUUGCGAAACUGACGUGCGACAUUCUCGACGGAACCUUCUACAACAUCAUCCACGACAUCGUUGCCAAAGUCCACCGCGAUGAAAAGAUUGCCCGGAUGCGUUCAGCCGUGACGAUUGCGAGACAAAGGGGCGAGGAGGAGGCGAGGCGGCUGCGCGAGGGAACCGCUGGCAAGGCGACGCCAGCAGUGCCCGCGAAGCCAGGGGACCCCGAGGCGGAAGCGCAGUCCUUUACCAACAUUCGGGUCGAAACAGAGGGGGCCAUCUUCGACGAGGGCAAGGUCUAUCUGAAGGGCAACCCGUUGAAGACCACCAAGGAGAUCAUCUGCCCGGACUGCCGUCUUCCUCGUCUCCUGUACCCGGUGGCCGGCAUCGGGGCGCGCCCCCCUCCAGACCCGUCGCGGGAGUACUGUCAGAGACAGCCGCUGAUCAGCAAGCCCGGCCAUGAUGUGCACGGGAACCCGUUCGCGGUCGACAAGACGCAAACCAAAAAGAAGAAGAAGGACAAGGACAAGGAGACCACCACGUCCAACACGCCCGCCUCGAGCCCGCCGGGCACCCCGGAAAGUGGCGCCAGCAAGGAAAUCCUCUUCCCCACCGUCAAGUGUCCCAACUGUCCGCGGUACUUUGGAGUCACCCGCUUCGCCAUGCAUCUCGACCGGUGUAUGGGUCUGUCCAGUCGAGGCACCGGCCGCACCAGAACCCCCGCCGACAGCGGCAGCGCCACGCCCAACCCGGCGUCGAAUCCGCCCAAGCGGCCUCUCGUCGACGAGGACGGAUCCUCGCCGUCCGGCGUGUUCCCCAAGAAGAAGAAACUGAACGGCUCCAAGAAGCCGAUCGGCAAGAAGCCCUCGCUGCCCAGCAAGCUGAAGAACGGCACCACUCCCGACAUGGCCGCCGCCGCGGACGCGGAGAUCAAGAGCGAAGCUGUCGGAGAAGACAACUAAUACCAAUGCCUUGAUAAAUACUUUAUUCGGCGUGACCGUUUUCUCCCUGUCUCACCGUUUGGACAUAAAAAGUCGUCGUGGGCUUACUUUCCGGGGGGGAGGGGGGUUUUUUACGAACUUGACGUACAUAAGGCAUUCGGGGCGUCAAACGGACAUUCUAUUCUAUUCCCUUCUUUAUCUCAUUUCCUUACUGUCUUUUCUCUCCUUUGAUUCUCUCCCAUUUGCCUGUUGAACCAUCAUCACGUCGUGUGGAUAAGAGGUGAUAUGGUUGGCAUUUUGUUCUUGUUUCUGUUG